AUGCCCCCAAUACAUUUAUCUAAGCCUUAUAGGCAACUACAAUCACUUCAGAAGGCACCAAAAAAGCUAACUCGCUCUAGGAAACACAUGCAGCGACACCGUCGACCAUUCUUUUGUACAUUCCAUUGGCAAGAACGAAGCGAAGUACAGCGCUUUGGUAGCAAAGAUGACUGGCGCCGUCACGAGGAACAUAGACACUAUCAAAGCGAAUUUUACAAAUGCCCAGGCGGUCCCCACGAGUCUUGUCGUGGUGCAUGGGCUCUAAAAUCAGACUUUGAAAAACAUCUUGAUGAGCACCACAAAGCCAUUGUCACGAGCUGGACUCUUCUCGAUGGCGGAAUCAACGAAGACACCAAAAAAGAUUUUUUCCAGAGGCAUCACAACGGAACUGACUACGUUGAAGAUAAUUUCUGGUGCGGGUUUUGCGCAAAGCUCAUCGCAAUACCUACAGAAAUGACUGGCAGACGUGGGAAAGAAAUCCGCGUUAAUCAUGUUGCCGACCAUUUCCACAAAGAACAGAAAGAUAUCCGGCUUUGGGUUAAGUAUUCCGUUUGUAACUUGGCCGAGACAUCUAAAGCUUUAGAAGUCGCUAGGACAAAUUACGAAAGGGAAAUCAAUCUUUUAGAUAAUGAACUCGAAAUACUGGAUCAACAACGGCAAUUACCUCCUAUCAAGGAUAUCUUUGGUCCUGUGGAGCCCUUCAGCGCCUCUUCCUUGGGUUCAUCGCCCGUAGCACCUGACUUCUGGAUAUGCUGUGAAUGUCAGCAUCUCGCACAAAACCGUCCAAACUUCGUCUACGUUAUGAACCUUGGGAAGGAGUCUGAAUGCACUUCAAACGAGCACCCAGCUCAUUCCAGGUGUCCACGAUGCUCCAUUGCUAGAUCCCAGUUUUCUAACGUUCUUUGA